AUGAACGCUAUCGAGCCGCUGCGUCGCAGACGCGGAGCAAUCCAAGCUUCCAUCACAAAUUUCACGAAAAUCCUCGAAAAAUGGGUCCAAAACCCGGACACACGUGACCCCGAUUAUCUUCACGCUUCGUUUGAGAGCAUGCAACAGUCGUUCGACAAAUUUAACGAUAUACAGAACAAAAUCGAAGACCUCGACCAGACCGAAUGCAGCAAACGGACAGAGAUGGUCGAGAAAUAUAAUAGAGCAGUAGCUAAGAGUAGAAAAUUACUACGCGAGCACAAUAACCACCCGUCAUCGAAUCUUGCAACACCAAAUCAAACAUCUCGAGCAACAACUCCGGGAUCCGCCAAUCCGACUAUUUCAGUCGCAAUCGCAUUACCUAAAUUCGACGGUUCAACUGAAAACUGGGCUUCCUUUUACGACAUCUUCAGUUCACCAAUUGACCAAAACGACAAUCUAACUCCGGUCCGCAAAUUACAAUAUUUAAGGCUAUCCUUAACGAAUAGAGCAGCUAGUGCUAUACAAUGCCUUGAAACUACUGAUUUCAACUACGCGGUCGCGUUAGCAAUUCUGAAAAAGAAAUUCGAGUGUGAGCGUAAAAUUCUUCGUCGUCACUGGGCCAUCCUGCACGAUUAUCCUCGAUUGCAGAAGGACACACCGUCUGCACUCAACAGCCUUGUCGACACCGUAUAUCAACACACGCAAGCCCUCGAAAAUCUGAAGGCUUUAGUCUCCAACUGGGACAUUCCAUUAAUACACCUGAUCCUAUCACAGGUCAGCCAAAAUAGCGCGUGGCAAUGGGAACUAACCCUAGAGGACGAUAAGAUGCCUUCCUACAGAAGUCUGCUAGAGUUUCUAGAGAAACGAGCAAAUUGCUCUGAUUUUGUUACCCACAAUGGGGCAGUUACUAACGGACAUAAGAGUAUGGCACAGAAACCUGUAGAAUUUCAGAACAAGAGAGGGAGGACUCCCCAAAAUCUACCCCAAGCUCAAGCGUUUGCAACUACAAAUACUGCGUCGUGUCCAUUUUGUAACGAGGAACAUCGCAUCUACGCGUGCAGCCGCUUCCGUACCUUAUCGAUAGAAGAGAAACAGAAGGCGAUUAACAAGGCAAAACUUUGCGUCAACUGUCUCGGAAAAGGUCACGCGGUCAAAGGCUGUCAGUCAAUCCCAUGCCGAAUCUGCGAGAAACGUCAUCACACCUUCCUACACAAACCUCCAGGUAGUCAGGAACCGGCCACUGAAGCCAUCCCGACCACCAGCCAGGCACAACAAGGAAAUAUACCCCCAACAAGGGCAUGA